ACCCACGUUUUGAAAACGUGGGUAUUUUUUUGUGAAAAAUAACCCACGAAUUUUGCCCCCAAAUUAUUGUUGUAAAGGGGGAGUUUUGGUUUGAGUGCGCGCGCACGCUCCGUGAAGACCACAAAAAUAUUCAGCCAUGAAACAAGAUUGCCAUGCGUCAAUUUUUACUCACGCUGCGUGGGUACCGGAGGGCCCUGUGUGUCAUCUUCCGUCCCGGGAAGCAGAUGGUAUGGUACUAUAAGACUGGAACGGAACGGAACGGAACGGGGGGAGCGGCGAUCCAUCCAUUCGCAACCAUCGACUCAUAAAUUGACGCCAUUGACGUUUCCGUGGGAACCGGAGCAGCAGCGGCACCACAACACGAACGACCUUGCCAGAAAUCGUCCCUGCACCCCGUUACCCACAACGCAGCAACGCACCGAUCGAUUCGAUUCGAUUUCAUUCGAUUGUGCACUCGUUCUAGAAGGAAAGAAAGCAAAUAAAAAAGAAAGCAUCGAAAAAAGAAAGCAAACAAGCCACAAAGCGUGGGGCAACACCUCCCUCUCUGUUUCGCAGCUCUGUCGCUCGUCGAAGGAUGGAACCGGCAGAGAGAUCCCGCGGCGGUUCGAUGGGGCCCUUGCAUCGCCACCGGCGCAACCGCCCGUGCACACAAGAACACGCACACAUGCCUAUCAUGCAUGCACGGUUGCUGGCACAAACCCAAGCGCGUUCGGCCUCGCAGUUUCGCCGGCACCGUCUCUGGCCCCGAGGGGAGGCGUCUCGCCCGUGGCCCAGUGACGAAUCCGCACCCGAAUCCGUGUGUCCCGAGGAAUGCGACGACUGCGAAUGCCAAUGCGACGGCUGCGAGUGCGACGGCGAGUGCGACGACGAGUGCGACGAGUGCGACGACGAGUGCGACGACGAGUGCGACGACGCGUGCGACUGCUGCGACGACGAGACGAACGCCUCGGACGACGGGGCCUACGACUCGCACGACGACGAGGCGCUGCGGCUGCACCGGCAGCAGCUGUAUUGCCUGCGGAUGCGGCGGUUGUUCGUCCGCCCCUUUGUGGUCUUUUUCCUGGGGCUGCUGGUCUUUCGCGGCGGCAGCAGGAGCGCUCAAGGGUUCUUCCGGAAGCGAUUCGGUGGGACGGGAGCUGCGGUGGGCAUGGACUUGCACGCGAACGUUGACCCGAGCGUGGAUGGGGAUGCGGGCGUGGUUUUGGAUGGGAAUGCGGGGAUCGAUGCGUUCKGGGAUGCGGACAACAGAAUCAGCAAAAGGACCAGCAGCAACGGCAACAGCGGCCUGAGCGACCUUAGGAAUUAUUCUCGGAUGGUUCUCCGAGGACACCAAUCGCAACAACGCCAGGAAAACCGGCAACGCGACCAUCUUCCCGAAGACGAAGAGGGCGAACACCUUUUUUUGUCCACGGAUGCCGCGGGAAUGAAACCAUCGCCGGCCGCAGACCGAAUCGCAGACCGAAUCGCAGACCGAACCAUAGGCCAAACCGAACCAAAGGGAACACGGACCGGGGAGGGGCCGGAGCCCGGCAACGAGCCACACGGCAGCAGCAUCCCCCGAGGCAUGCCAUUGAUGGCGUCGUAUCCGAUCUUUAACAGCCAGAUGUCUCCCAUUUCCUACUCUAGCAUGGUCCGCAGAAACAGUGGCAACGACGGCCAGAACGACAGCGACAACAACGACGACGGCAGCGACACCGCGAAAAACAACAAGAACAACGACAAUCCCGACGACUAUGGAUGGGUGCCCCAGGCGUACCCGGAUCCCUUGAUCGACCCCGUCCGCUGCGGGAUUGCCUACCUCACGGCGGAGGAGCUCCAGAGCCGCGAGGGGGCGGCCGCGACCGGGGUCGACGCCGAGGAAGAACGCCGGGGCGGCGUCGUGGCCACAACGCCCGCUUCCGACAACGGAAGGGCCGGGGCGGGGCUCCGGCUGUGCGAUCCGGACUGGGUCCUGGGCGGGGUCUACCUCGAACGGAUCGCCAAGCGGAUGCGGGACUUUCCCUUCCGGUUCACCACCGGGACGACGGGUGGCUUUGGUGCCAGCGGAGGAGGAGACGGAGAGAACGAAAGCCCCAGCGAACACCAUUCCGAGAACGACGGGCAGCAGACGGAACCGCCGUGGCCACGCGAAGUCGGAGUAUCCCUGGCCGUGGCAACGGUUCGAAAGGUGCGUGCGGAGUUGUCMUUUGGUUUGCCGUGCUUUCUUUGCGCUCUUUUUUGGGAAAUGCAUGGCUCGGUCGUGUCGUACCGUAGGACGCGGUCUGGCCAGUUUGGGUGUGGUGUGGUGUGGUGUGGUGUGGUUGUGCCGUGCGCCUUCAAGUCGAUCCCUCGCAAAAUGCACAAUCGGUUCGACUCAACUUUUUCCUUUCUCCACUUUGCCCAAAUCAGAUGAACACCCAUGCCGUUUUGCGACAAGAACAAGUGUUUUACCCAUACGGAGACGACGAUGACAUGGUCAACGAUGCCGCGCAGAUAUUUGCUCGAUCCUUGCACAACGAAUGGUGGAAGAACCGCAACAGCCAUCGGGACGAAACCGACGGCUCGGAGGAAGUAACGGAUGGCGAUGCUUCUGUCUUCACGGGGGGCUGGGACAACUCCAAGAAUUCGGCGUCGGUCRGCGACAAACGAAGCAACAAUCGAGACUUUGGCGUUUUGAUAUUUCUCUCGAUCCAGGACCGCGUGUGCUUCAUUUCCACCGGCAACGCCAUUUCKAAYGUGCUGCCGUGGUGGCGCCUCGAGCACAUCGUGGCGAGCAUGAAACCCGAUCUGAGACACCGGGACUACGGAAACGCCAUCCUGACCGCGAUCGACGACCUCUCMGAAAUGCUCGAGGCCGGCCCGCCGACGGUCCGGGACCGGAUGCACGAUUUCAUGGCGCGCUUUGGAGUGGUCAUUGCCUUUGCCCUCUUCACCUUUGUCUUUGGGGCGUGGGGGGAAUGCCGGGACCGGCAGAAACGCUUUCAGUACGCCGAGCUGCGGAGCCAGCUGAACGAGGUGGAGCGCGAAAAGGCAAGGCUGAGGCAGAAGCAGUUUCAGACCACCUCGUGCCCGAUUUGCCUGGAGCCGUUCGCGCGCGGGGGAGAGGACGACGAGACCACCGUGGGCACCGACGAGGAUACCCUGGGCGACCAGACCAAGGACGCGAGCCGGUCGGAACGAAAGGGGAUGUCGCGGGUGGACAGCUACGGAAUUCCGCUCAACGGAGCCGAUCGGAAGAAAAUAAAGUUUCUCCGGUGCGGCCACAUAUUCUGUGAAUCCUGCUGGAAGAGCUGGAUUCGCUCCGGGCACGGGAAUCCCUGCAUCUGUCCGGUCUGCCGCCAGGACGUGGGCAGGUCUUCCUCCAAGAGCAAGCGGCGAAAGGAGCAGCGGCGUGCCGCCAGGAGAGCCCGGGUCGACAUUGCUACUGCCCUGGCGAUGGAGGAGGAAGGGACCCCGCUGCUGGCCAGCGACCGACACGAUUCCCUCGGAGAGGGUGGAUUCGGAACCCGCUCGCAGCCGCCGUCGUACGGGGCGCUGACCACRUCCUCUCUGRAUUCCCCAUCGGCCCCCGCGGUGGCGUCCCCCGUCGCUCCCGGGCCCUCUUCGUUCGGGGCUGCCCGGGGACGCGCCGGGCACGACGAGAACAGCGCGUUGCUGGUCCGGGGUGCCACCCUGUGGGCGUCGGCCUUUGGACCCGGGCCCAGCAUCGCCACCAUGAACAGAGACCGGAGCGGCGGGAGCAGCAGCAGCAGCACCGCCACCUACCCAGACGCCCUUCACCACGAACGACGCGAGGACCGAAGGCGAAGAAAYCUUACCUUUCGGUAAGCAGAGGAAAGAAACAAAAAGGCAAGCAAGCAGCGAGUCKAAYGGAAACRAGAGGAAACGAACGCAUCGGCAUCUCGGGCACGACGGCUACGGUGAUUGCAAGGAGAGKAGAAUAGCGAUGGCGGACAUUGGUGGUUCCCAACCAUAUUUACGUUCCCAAAUUGUUGUAUGUUGAUUACAGUGUAGAAGCAAGCAAACAUAGAUUACCAAGUGUAUAGAUAUCAAUAUAUUUUUCUAYCGAAACCACCGAACAAARUCGCUGAGAUACUGGGAGGGUAUCGUUUGUUGUUGUUUUCAAAAUCCAAUUUCGUUCCUAUCGCAAAGGUAAUUCCAGGUUUUCCCGGCACCGAUGCCGUACAAGUACCGUAGGUACCGUACUGUACAUUACAGGGGAACUCGGGACUACUUUAGUUUUGCUAUCUGUAUGUAUGAACAUACGAGUACAUAAUUGACGAAGUAUGUAYGUACGAGUAUCUCGUACGCUUUAGAGUACCGGAACGAUCUGAUACGGUGCACAACACACGAAUCAUCGUCAUUCAAAAACAAAAAAGAAUCGGAGAGCAAGAUUUUGGUGGGAGAGACAUCAGUUGUUCUGACAGCGCUCUUUUCGAAAGAAGAUCUCGGGAGAUUUUCAACGCACCCAUGUACAGAGAGUGGUAUCGGCACGUGCUAAAACCGUAAGAACUUGUACCGUAUUGUACGACAAGAAGACAGCAAUCGUCAUUGUAUCACAACAACACGAAAAAAAGAACAUUAGAACAAACAACAACAACAACAACAACAACAACAACAACAACAACAACAACAACAACAACGUCGCCGCAACAAUGAAAGCCUUCCUUGCAUUCUCCCUCCUAGCAUCUGUAUCGGCCGUACACUACGAGAGCCCACCCUGCGGUUCCGACGAAAAAGCCAUCCAGGUGAUGGGGAUUGACGGAGUUUUCUGCUCCCCCGAGUGCACCCCGGAGUGUCCCACGGAUGUCCCCGAAGGCGUCACCGCGGUGAGUAGUACCGGGGCGCAUCGUGCCGGGACGCAAAACAGCGCACGACCGUGGCUGAUUGCCCGCAACUGUUGGGUCUUGCUGCUGCUGCUGCUGCUGUCGCCCGGAAUAUGGCAACACACGACACAUUCCAACCCGACUCGGCUCGGCUCGGCUCCCGUUCUCUCUCUCUCACUCACCGUGCCUGUUCUCUCUGCCGUUUCGCUUGCUCUUGUUUCCCGCUUCCUGGCAUUCGAUGCUUUCCGAUGCGAUCCGAUUGAAUUCAAUUCGGAACAACACCAACCAGGCCCCCACGUGUGCCCUGCAAGCCCCGACGGGGGAUAAGUACUGCGCAAUUCUUUGCAAACCAGGCGGUCUGGGGGGCGGCGAUUGCGGCCCCUCGAUGAACUGCGCUCCGGUUCCCGGUGCCGAUGGCUUUGGCCUCUGCGUGUACCCGGUUGCGGACGAUCGAUCGCCGGGCGUCUUUCUUCGRUCGGCGGAAAACAAGAGAAUGGUCGCCGCSGCCUUUUCUCCCCUCGCCGAUACGGCGGCGUCCUCUGCCUAGACRUCGCUCGYUCGGCAGCGGCUCGCUGCGACACAAUGCUGUAGAACGGAUAUUGAUCGGACGAGCCGGUYACCCGGGCGCAGAAGCCRUGAGUGACGAAUAUCAAGCCGUGGUAUCAAUGCAGAAUGGGCCUCGAAAUCAAUGGGUUUUAUAGUA